AUGGCCGUCUUCCCUCACUUCAGCCCUGACCCCUCCACGCCGCUCCUCGCGCAAUGCCAGUUCAUAGUCCAGCGCAUCACCAUCCUCCUCUCCGAGCUUGACCAGCUCAAAGCCGCCAUCGAACGUCGCCCGGCAUCCGGCCACAAGCCGCUGCAAUGGAACCAAGCGGUUCCCGGGCUGGGCUUCUUUGAACGGCUCAUCGUCUCGGAAAAGAAGCACAUGGAAAAGAUGGUGCAAUCGUACGACACUGAUCUCAACGACGCCGUCGACAUUGAAGAGCUGGAUAGCAAAGUGCGUCUGCGGCUGGACGCGUGUAACUACAAAUUCUACGAGACGGUGUGGGAGGUCACGAAGCGGUGCUGCGAUUUGACGGGCAUGCGAAGGGAGCUGGCGUACAAGACGAAGAAGGGUAAGAGCGUCAGCGCGGUCAUCGAUCUCGUGGUCAACGGCGGCGCGGACUGGAUCAAAGUCGUCACCACGACGGAGCGGAGGUUGUUUUACGAAAUGGCCGAUGCGGGGUGGGACUGGGAGGAGGAUUUCGAGGACGACGAGGCCGACGAGGCGAUGUUGAGCGUGCUGCGGGACGAAACGGAGGAUAGCAUCGAAGUGGCCAAGGUCGCGAGGCACAUGGUCGCCGCCGCGAGGACGUCGUAUCAGGAUUACCGCCGCCCGAGGGUGCGCAUUCUCAUGUCGCGGAUCGAGGAGGGGAAGAACGAGCACGUUGACCAUCUGCUGCGUCUGGUGAGGAAGAUGGGCGGCGACGAUGUGGAACUCGUCGUGGAGACGGCCAACGGGCCGGGCAUCCUUACGGAAACGACGCCCUCUUUCGACCAGGCGGUCUCGAACCUCAUCAACACGGACUACUACAAGGAUUUCACGGACACGUUGAACGUGGACUGUUCCGUCUUCAUGGCUUUGUCUUCGGAUUUCAGUCACAUGGACAUCGGCCCGGAUUCGGAACUCCUGAGGUCGAAACAGCACCGGAUCGACGCCACAGACGAGUUUGAGAACGGGCCGAGGCUGGUGAACACGCUUUACCCCGCCAUGACGGGCCGCAAGCUUGUGUGCACGAAAGAGGCGGCGGACACGUUUUUGAAAAUUGUGUAUGAGAUUGGCACGGACACGGAGCAGGCGAGGACGCGAAUCAUGUUCGACGACGUCGACGCCGCUGCGGAUCCCGACGAGGACCGCCGGAGACGCAUCGCAGAGUUGCAGAAACUGUCCACGCACGCCGUACCAGAGGACCUCCAGCUGCCUAUCGAUAUUGUCGGCAGCGUAUCGUGGGACGACGCGCAGCGCAUGGUUGAACGGGGCGAGCUGCCCAGGGUCGCGCUCGCCGUCGGCCAGAAGGGUUCCGGCCUGAACGCCAUGAACGUAUCUUCCUUCUUGUACGGGUGGAAAGCGGGAUACACGACCAUCACGUCCAACUGGGAUGCCGCCAAGAGGCUGAGGACGGCCAUCGAGACGAACAGGAUCACGGGCGACGAGGUCGGGCCGCAUAUCUGGCGGAUACCGUUUUCGAGGAAGCUGCUCGCGAAGCCAAAGGCCCCUAGUGCACCCAGCGGACGGCUGAAGAGCAGGCAGGAAAGGAAGGUCGAGAAGGAAAAGUCUCUGGAGAGCUGGAUUUCUGACGCAAAGGGGCAGAACCCGGACGCACUGGAAUAA